AUGUUAAUAUAUUCUUGCUAUUAUCUAAAGAGUACAUAUUUCCGAGUGGCAAAGUAUGACUGUGAUACUCUAGUUGCUGUGUAUGGGCCAUGCAUUGGUAAAGGAAAUAAAAAUAAAAGAAAAACCAGCAGUAAUAUUUUUAAUAGUAGUGUAUUUUGCAUUGGAUUAUUUUUACUAAGUAGAUUACAAAUGGUAUGUUUUAUCCUCCCACACACGACUGACAUUAAAAACUUUUUUUUUUUUUCUUAUUUCUUAUCCAAAAAAAAAACGGUUGUAUUUAUCUCUUAUCGCCUUGCGCUGGGGUGUGUGUCUAUAAGGUCAAAAAGAAAAAAAAAAAAGAAAUCAAAGUUCGUUUACCAAAAUGGUAUACUUUCUUUUUGA